UCCUCAACUCGGGUAAUGACACCAAGCUCUUCCAUUCGUUGGAGUUCCUCUUUUACCCUUCCCAUCAGAGGCAGAGGAAGCCUUCGCGGAGUUUUGAACUUUUUUCUUGUUGGAAGCUAGCUGUUCAUUCUGAAGGUGUAGCAAGAUGCAAAAUGUGGCACAGUUGUUUAUGCCACCAAGUCCAGACAGCUUCCGUCCCUUUAGUCGCGAGUCCCUUAAAGCCAUCGAAAAACGGAUUGCUGAAGAGAAUGCCAAGAAACCCAAACAAAAGAAGGAAGAAUGCAAAAAUAAAAUUAAGCUUACACCCAGCCGUGACCUAAAGGAAGGCAAAUCACUCCCCCUUGUAUAUGGGGACAUUCCAGAUGGCCUGGUGUCGAUACCACUGGAGGACCUGGAUCCCUACUACAAUAAUCAGAAGACUUUCAUUGUAUUAAACAAAGGAAAGGUCAUUUUUCGCUUCAAUGCCAGUCCAGCCUUGUACCUCCUGAGUGCCUUCAACCCUCUACGAAGGCUAUCGAUUCAGAUUCUAGUACACUCAUUGUUCAGCGUGGUGAUCAUGUGCACUAUUCUCACUAACUGUGCAUUUAUGACACUGAGCGAUCCCCCUGAGUGGGCAAAGAACGUGGAGUACACAUUUACAGCGAUUUACACCUUUGAAUCCCUCGUUAAAAUUUUAGCUCGGGGGUUCUGUAUAGGAAAGUUCACAUUUCUAAGAGAUCCCUGGAAUUGGCUGGAUUUCUCUGUCGUUGUCAUGGCGUAUGUACCCCUGGGCAAUGUUUCAGUUCUUCGGACAUUCAGAGUACUAAGAGCUUUCAAAGCAGUUUCUGUCAUUCCAGGCAUAAAAGCCAUCAUUAGUGCAUUGUUCCAGUCUGUGAAGAAACUCACUGAUGUGAUGAGUCUCACCGUUUUCUGCUUGAGCGUCUUUGCCCUAAUAGGGUUACAACUGUUUAUGGGCAAUCUGAAAAAUAAGUGCAUACGAGAAGACUUUUUAAAAAGCUAUUUGAAUAACACAAAUGUGACUGUGGACUUUGAAAACAUGAGUCUUUACUAUUACCUGCCUGACAACAAAAAACAUCCAUUACUUUGUGGCAGCAGCAUUGGAGCUGGGAAGUGUCCAGAGGGGUAUAUGUGCAAAAAUGAGGGAAAUAACCCAGACAAUGGUUAUACCAGCUUUGACACAUUUGGCUGGGCCUUCCUUUCUCUUUUCAGACUGAUGACACAGGAUUGUUGGGAAAAGCUGUAUCAGCAGACUUUGCGGACAUCUGGGAAGCCAUAUGUGAUCUUUUUUAUGCUUGUAAUAUUCCUUGGUUCCUUCUACUUGAUCAACCUGAUCCUGGGUGUUGUAGCUAUGGCCUAUGACGAAGAGAACCAGAUUGUCAAAAAGGAAGCUCAGGAGAAGGAGGAGGAGUUUCAGGCCAUGCUUGAACAGCUGAGAGAGCAAUAUAAGGAAGCUCAGGCAGCAAUAGCUGCUGCUGAAGAAGGAGCUACCGAGACCAGUGAUAAAGUUGGUGGCAAAGACAGUUUCUCUAAGACCUUCAAGAUGAGCUCCAAAAGGGCAAAGGAGAGACGCAGCAGGCGAAAACAAAGAAAGGAAGAAGAGAAAGUGGCUGAGAGUAAGCCUCCUAAAUCUGAGUCAAAAGACAAUAUACAGACUGCGUGCAGGAGGUCAUCUACACAUCAGGCUGACACUACUGACACAAACUACAGGCAAAGUAAUGGAGGAAUAAGCCAGGAAUAUAUGGACUUUCUUAAGAGCCGAGAGGCCAGACAGAGAGCUCAAAGUCUCACUAGUGUAAUUACGGACACAAUAGAGGAACUUGAAGAGUCAAGGCAGAAAUGUCCUACUUGGUGGUACGAUUUUGCCUACACUUUCCUCAUCUGGGAGUGGUGCCCAGGGUGGCUGAAAUUCAAGAAAAUCAUUCAUCUAAUAGUGAUGGACCCAUUUAUGGACCUAUUCAUUACUAUUUGCAUUGCACUCAACACAUUGUUUAUGGCCAUGGAGCAUUAUCCAAUGAGUAAUGGGUUCCAAAGCAUGCUUAAUAUCGGUAAUAAGAUAUUCACCGGCAUCUUCACAGCUGAAAUGGUCUUCAAGGUUAUUGCACUGGACCCAUUCUAUUACUUUCAGAAGAAAUGGAAUAUCUUUGAUGCGAUCAUUGUUAGUUUAAGCUUGAUAGAGCUUUGUUUGGAAAAAAUGAAGAAUAUGACUAUCUUGAGAUCAUUCCGAUUGCUUAGAGUAUUCAAGUUGGCUAAAUCCUGGCCCACUCUAAAUAAAUUGAUCAAAAUAAUUGGUAAUUCAGUGGGGGCUUUGGGCAACCUGACACUGGUCUUGGCCAUUAUCGUCUUCAUCUUUGCUGUGGUGGGCAUGCAGCUAUUUGGAAAAAAAUACAAGGACUGUGUGUGUAAAAUUUCUGAGGACUGCCCUCCUCGUUGGCACAUGAAUGACUUCUUCCAUUCAUUCCUCAUUGUUUUCCGAGUGCUUUGUGGAGAGUGGAUAGAAACCAUGUGGGACUGUAUGACAGUGGUUAAUGAACACAUGUGCAUCACUUUCUACAUGAUGAUCCUGAUUAUAGGAAACCUUGUGGUCCUGAACCUCUUCUUGGCCCUGCUGCUGAGUUCAUUCAGUACUGACAAUCUAGCAUGGGCAAUGGAUGACAAAGAGACAAACAAUUUGCAAAUUGCCAUUACACGUAUAUACGAAAGCAUUUCCUUCAGCACUAGCUGCAGCAGCGCCUGCCUUAGAGAGAAGAAACAAAAGAAGGAUGAGGAAAAAUCUCUGGAUGAACUCCACAAACCUUUAGGGCCGAACAGUAUCCUAAACCAUGGCAAUGGGGAGGUGAUCGGCGUAGAAAAAACUGGGGACAAAUACAUGGUCAGCACCAAAAGCAAUGAUUCCCUAACAUCUUUCAUCAACAACCCUAGUGUGACUGUCACCAUCUCUAUGGUUAUGAAAGAACCCGAUACUGAGGACUUCAACAGUGCUUCAUCAGAUGUAGCAGGGUGUCCUGCGAUUAUCAUUGAUGAUGGACAGUUCAGCUGCUCAGAUGCAAGCACAGUGGAUGAUGUACCAGCUGGAAAGAGAGGAAAUUCUGCAGACUUUGAAUUAGAAGAUGAUAUAGAUCCUAAUGCUUGUUUCUCUGCUGUCUGUGUGCAGGCGUUCCAUUGCUGUCAAGUAAAUGUAGAUGUGGGCUGGGGGAAAAUAUGGUGGACACUACGAAAAACCUGUUAUCAGAUAGUGGAGCACAACUGGUUUGAGAGCUUUAUCAUCUUCAUGAUCCUGCUUAGCAGUGGGGCCCUUGCAUUUGAAGAUAUCUACAAUGAGCAGAGGAAGACUAUUAAAACAGUUUUGGAGUUUGCAGACAAAAUUUUCACUUGCAUUUUUAUUCUGGAGAUGUUACUGAAGUGGAUGGCAUAUGGAUUUGCUAAAUAUUUCUCAAAUGCCUGGUGCUGGUUGGACUUCCUAAUUGCUAAUAUCUCACUUGCCGAUCUAGUAGCCAACACAUUCGAUGCUAAUAAUUUCGGUCCCAUGAAGUCUUUGAGAACCCUACGAGCUCUAAGGCCACUAAGAGCCCUGUCACGCUUUGAGGGCAUAAGGGUGGUUGUCAAUUCCCUAAUGGCAGCCAUUCCCUCUAUCUUCAAUGUGCUGCUGGUAUGCCUCAUCUUCUGGCUGAUCUUCAGUAUCAUUGGAGUCAACUUAUUUGCGGGAAAGUUCUACUAUUGUGUCAACACAACCACAAAUAAAAAUUUCCUGGUAUCAGAAGUGAAAAAUAUGACAGACUGUCGGCAAAUGGAAAAUGGAAGCGCUCGAGUGAUGAAUCUUAAGGUCAACUUUGAUAAUGUUGGCAUGGGUUACCUUGCACUGUUGCAAGUAGCUACAUUUAAGGGUUGGAUGGACAUCAUGUAUGCCGCUGUUGAUUCUCAAACCAAGCCAGAAGAACAACCAGACUAUGAGGUCAACCUAUAUAUGUACUGUUAUUUUGUUGUUUUCAUCAUAUUUGGAGCAUUUUUCACACUUAAUCUUUUCACUGGUGUUGUUAUUGACAACUUCAAUCAGCAAAGGAAAAAGUUAGGAGGUCAAGACAUCUUUAUGACUGAAGAACAAAAGAAAUACUACAAUGCCAUGAAAAAACUGGCAUCAAAGAAACCACAAAAACCGAUCCCUAGACCAUCAAACAAGAUUCUAGGAUAUAUUUUUGAUUUUACAACCAAGAAAUCUUUUGACAUUGUGAUUAUGGUUCUAAUAUCACUUAAUAUGAUUGCUAUGAUGAUGGAAACUGCUGAACAAUCAGACUACAAGAAAAAGGUUCUCUACUAUAUAAAUGUGGUAUUCAUUGUCGUCUUCACUGGAGAGUGCUUAUUGAAGAUGGUCUCGCUCCGGCACUACUUUUUCAUGAAUGGCUGGAAUAUAUUUGAUUUCAUCGUUGUUAUUCUGUCAAUCAUCGGUUUGUUUCUUACUGAGAUAAUAGAAAAAUACUUUCUUUCACCAACCUUGUUCAGAGUCAUCCGACUGGCACGGAUUGGCCGCAUCCUCCGCCUUGUUAAAAAAGCCAAAAGAAUCCGCACACUCUUGUUUGCCUUGAUGAUGUCACUUCCUGCCUUGUUCAACAUUGGUCUCUUGCUCUUCUUGGUGAUGUUCAUCUAUGCCAUCAUUGGCAUGUCAAACUUUGCAUAUGUCAAGAAGGAAAGAGGUAUUGAUGAUCUUUUCAAUUUUGAGACUUUUGCAAACAGCAUGAUCUGUCUGUUCCAAAUCACCACCUCAGGUGGAUGGGAUACCCUACUAUAUCCCAUUCUCAACAAAAAUGGAGAUGACUGUGACCCUGAGAUGGAGAAUCCUGGUAGUACUUUUAAAGGAAACUGUGGAAAUCCUACAGUGGGAAUUACUUUCUUUGUGAGCUAUAUCAUUAUCUCUUUCCUUAUUGUGGUGAAUAUGUACAUUGCAGUCAUCCUGGAAAACUUUGGUGUAGCUACUGAAGAGAGCGCUGACCCACUGAGUGAGGAUGAUUUUGAAAUGUUUUAUGAGGUCUGGGAAAGGUUUGAUCCUCAUGCAACACAGUUCAUUGAGUAUAAAAUGCUUUCAGAAUUUGCAGAUAAUCUGGAACCACCAUUGCGCAUAGCCAAGCCUAACAAGUUUGACCUGAUCUCUAUGGACUUACCGAUUGUGAGUGGUGACCGCAUUCACUGCCUAGACAUCCUGUUUGCAUUCACAAAGCGUGUUCUAGGUGAGGGUGGAGAAAUGGACAUUCUAAAGGAGCAAAUGGAAGAGCGUUUCAUGGCUUCGAAUCUUUCAAAGGUGUCCUACGAACCCAUCAGUACCACCAUCCGGCGCAAACAGGAGGCUGUUUCAGUUGUUGUGAUCCAGAGAGCAUUUCGGAAGUAUGUACGGGAAAGUCUAAGAAAAGACACAAGACUCCAUGAGACAUCAAGUAAUAACAAUCAAAAGGAUGAAAAGCUCAUUAACAUGGAAAAGGAUGACACAGACAAACUUUAAGAAAAACUUCCAGUGCCGAUACAAGCAAACUGACACUUUCUGCGGCCUCUCAGCGUUCAUGUAGAAAUAAAAAUAGAAAAUAGAAAUAACAAAUAGAAAAAACAAAUAGGAAAAAGACAAAAGUGAAAAGGAAUUUGUGAACAAAGAUGUCAAAGAACAAGAUGUAUAAAAGGAAAUCUGUGCUACACCAAAGACACUGUAGUGAAUGCAAAAUGUUUACAACCUUUCACAGUGAUCAUGAUAUCCACUGGAGUCUCUUUUUUAAUAUGGAUAUCUGCUAUUUCAAACUGACUGUAAUUGUUUUUAUCUUAGAGAAUAGACAAGUGUCAUUUAGGCUAUAGUAUGACUCACUUGGAAGGAUUAAGGAGCAAGGACCCCUUAUGUCUGCUAAGGAUGGGCAUCAUUACUUAAAGUGUUAUGAAACGCAUAUAAGUUAAUCCUUUAACUUGUAUUGAAGCUAAUUUUGCUACCUGGUGUCUUUAAUUCACUAGCUGUGACCUGACUAACCUAAAUGGAUCCUGACUUAGGUCUGACAGCAUUCCCAAUAGAUAAUUGCAGAUGGCAGAGCAACAGUUAAGGCUAAGGUUUGGGGAAGGCUUCAGAGAAGAAUGGUGGCUUUCCAGCCAGGCAUUUCCCAAUGUAAUAAUGAGAGACGAAUGAUGAUGAUGCACUACAAACAGCUUGUAGUGCAGGGCAUAUAUAGUCGUAUACAGAGAACUAGAAGGGGAGUGUUUGUCCCCACUUCAAAAUGCAGAUAAAUUAUCUCCAAUUCACUAGCUGGGACUGCAUCCUCAUUUAGAUAUGACAGCAUUUCUAGUGGAAAUCAAUUGAGGCUGCUGCUUGGGGAAGGCCCCAGAAGAGACUGGCUGCAGCUCCUGGGCUAGGCAGAUCCCCAAAGAAGGAAUCUCCAGGAAGCAGUGAUGAAAAUGUGUGUUGCAAAUGUCAAAGAUGGUUGCAAAUAUAUGAUUGGUAGAUUGACCUCAUGACCUCAAACUGGUGAUUUGUGAUUUCACUGACUGAAGUGGAUCUAAUGGCAGAAAUGCAGAAAGAAUAACUGGAGAAGAGAUCCGAAGUAUUCCCGAUGAUGAGAGAACUUAAAGUUGAAAGUAAUGGAUCAAAGGCUAGUAAAUCCUUAGGGGUGAGUCUAUCUUGAAAUAGAAUAUGAAAUCGGGAUUACCUGGCUGGGUAGUUUACUUCAUUUUGCAUUAGGCACUGAUGACUACUGUGUAGAUUUCGUAAAAUAAUCAAGGUGACAAUAAGCAGUUUUGUAAACACUGGUUGAAUUUGGAAGAACAAUUACUGGAGAACCACCUUCCAUGACAACCCCAUGAUAACAUCUAUGAUAACCCAGAGAACUAGGAGAAGGGGUAGAGCUAAAUGUCGUCAAGUGGGAAAGCUGAUAAUCAUAUAAGAAAAUGAUGCCAAUUGAGAUGGCUAGCAGAUAUUGCCAGAACCAAAUUUCAGCUUGGACAAGCUAUCCAGAAUGAUUGUGUCAAAAAUUGAAAUGAUGAAAGUGAGAAAUGAAGGGAGGCCUUGAGGAGUUAUGCACAGGGUAAAGUUCAGGUGUCCUAAAAAAAGGGGGGGGGAGGGGGGGUAGCUAUUUGUUUACAAGAGGAGCAAGAAAAUGCUCAACCCACUCAAGGAGGAAAUUAAUGCCACUGGGUUUUCCCAUGGCCAGAGAAACCUGGAACCAGACGAUGUUGAGGGUCAGUGGGGUUGUGUGGGCAUGCUGGGCAGGAAUGACGGUGUCUGUAGAAUGAGUAGGAGUCCAGGUAGCGGCACAGACAUAGAACUUGUGAAGUCAUUGAAAUUAUUGCAAACUGUGCAGUCUCCUAGUUGAAAGACGAGUCUACCCUUACUAUCUAUGCCAGGUGGCAAAUGAAUGCUCGCAAGAGAUUGUGUGGGUUUGAAUUUUUGGAGGAGCGGCUGGAGCUAAGGAGCUAAGGUGUGACCAGAUGUGCAGCUUAUGAGCUGUGAGCUAUUUUGGACUGGGAUGAUAUAAGGUAAAGCAGGAUGUGAAGGUGCUCCACAUAUCAAACAAAAAUGAGAAUAAACAGCUUGUAGUACAGGAGGGUCAUAUAUAGCCAAAGAACCAGAAAGGGCGUAUUUCAGGUGUGACUCUGCUCCUGAAAUUCUAAAUAAUUUUCUCCAAUUGUUGUUAUACCACUGACUGUUAUAUUACUCAAGCAGGGAAAAAAGGUUGUAUGUUAUCACUAAAUAAAAAUCAUGAUUUGGUUAAUUUUCUUUCUAUAUUUAUUUUUCUUUUUUUUACUCUUUCAAAAUGGUUCUAUCUUCAGGUAUAGGCUUUCCACCAAAAAUCACUACUUUAAAAGAAAACUAAUGGCACAGUAUGAUUAUGCAUGGCAGAGUGCAUGCCAAGAUUUGUCCCAGUCCAUCAGGUGCAAAAAUGUCAUGAGGAGGCUGGUUUUUUUUACACGUUACAGAAACUUUCCUUGUAGUAAAAAAACUAAUCCAAGCCGAGUUUGUUGAUUAUCUUUGAAACCCUAGAAAAAUACUUUGCAAAUUGUUAGAUCAUUUUUUAAAUUGUUGACAUUCCUGUGUUUCAGCUAUCUAAAAUUUAGACUAUUGCUAAACAUGUAUACAUUUUACCAUUAAAGGCUCUAUACAUUAUGAAGUAAAUGUGUUUAACUGCAGUUUUUACAAAAGCAUUCACUGCAGCUGGACGAACCACAUAAAAUGUCAACAUUCUGGUCAGUGUGAAUGCCCUCACUGAAACUGUUUACAUGCUUGUUUGUGUCAUGCUGUGGUUCAGUAAGUUGGUACAAUGUAUGUUAGAAGAUGAUAAGCUUUACUACAAUAUUAGUUCACUCUAGCAGUCUGACAUUAGACAAAAUUAAACACCGGAACCGGUGCUUCAAUAGGAGUACGCAUGGGUACAUGACAAACAUAUGCAUAGUAAUAGUGCACAUUAGAGUAAUUUGACAAGGUAUGCAACUUUCCCAUUUUAUACCUGCUUUUUGUUGUCCUAGUACCAGUUUAAGUCUGUCACUGGCAAAUAACUGUGUAAGCAGCUUAUUAAACUAAACUCAUGCUUGUUGGGAUUUGUUGGGAUUUUCUGUAUCUCAUAAAACAAGACUGAUAAUGCAGGUCACAUAAAUCAAGGCAGUCCAUUUUUCUGUUACAUAAAAUGUCUGAAUGUUGAUGGAAAACUUGUAAAAGUUUCUAUUAAGAAUGCACAAAGGCCUAAUUUAUACAAGUUCAUUUUUAAUGUUACACAGGCUGAGAGUGGGAGUGGUCUAACUGUAGUAUAACAGACACAAAGAAGCGCUAUCCGGUA